AUGAAUAGUUCUAAUCAGUCGUCAGGCGGUAGUCUUGCAUUGGCUAUUGGGUUAUGUUUAGCUGUUAUACUGGUAAUCAUUAUCUUGAGUUUAGUUUCAUAUUAUUUCUGCAAUCGCUCCUCCUCCGUCGUCACUCACCGCACCGGCAACACGGCCCCACCAGCCAGCUCUAUCAACGAUCAAGAUUCGAUAAAUAGUAUUGUCGAAGAUACUCUUAUCGGUACAUGUCCUAAGUUGCUUUACUCGCAAGUAAAGUGCUUAAAAGGUGAGGCAUCGGUAGGCUCAUGUUGCUCUAUAUGCUUGGGGGAUUAUAAAGAUAAUGACAUGUUAAGGUUGUUGCCUAAGUGCAGUCAUUUAUUUCAUUUCAAGUGUCUGGAUUCCUGGUUAAGGCUGCAUCCUACAUGUCCUAUUUGCCGCAAUUCGUCCUUCUUUUCUUCUCUCGCCGAGGAGAUAACUACUACUGAUGCUCAUGGGCAAAAUUAUCUUGCUCUUUCGGUGUACAAAAUUCUAGAUUGCAUACAAUUAAUUAUACCUAAACUUCACAGAAUAUUUGAAACUAACACUUAA